CCGGGUUUUGCUGGGUCACCAGUUUUUUCCGGGUUUUGUCUAUUUUUGAGAUUUUAUAUAACCAGACCGGUUUUUAGACCGGGUCAACCCGUCCGGUCCGGGUCGGUUUUUUAAACAUAACUUGCAGCGAGAUGGUUAGUUUUGUUAAGGGUACUUUUGUAAAAUAAAUUAGUUUUUGUACAAUUUAGACCUCUUUUACUCCCAAAUGGGUAAUUGAGCACUAAUAUUAGGUGUACCCUAAAAUAGUCAUCGGUUUAAGGAAUUACAUAGCUUGCGACAAAGAACAUAGCUUGCGGCGGCGAAGAACUCAGCUAUUCGAGGGAAUACAUUAAUUCGAUGCGAUGGUGUACCUAAAAUCUAUCACACAGGCGGCGAAUUUAUCACAGUCGAACAGAAACAGUCGAACAAAGAACUCAGCCGGGCCGAGACUAUCGAGGGAUUAACCAAAUUACUUGCUCUAACCAAACAAUCCCAUCGGGAUGCGCGUCGCGUAGAUACAUUGUUGAUGGGUCGUAGAUAGGGAGUUAUUGAUUGGUCUUUAAUAUUCUUAUCUAAAAACUUCUUUAUUUUGGAUUAUUUCAAUAUAUGACUUUAGGGAAGAGAAAGAGAUCGGAAGAAGAAGAAAGCCAAGGCAGUUCCAGAACAACCCCCUCCAUAUGUGAUCCAGAUACAAUGGAUGAAAAAAUAACUGAGCUGAUGAUUGAAGUCAGAAACUCCCAUGGAUCCUAUAAUGGAGUUGAAGUAGAUUUUACCUCCACUAGAAUUUGGGAAGAAAUAGCCAGAGUGAUGCGUGAACAAACUGAAUAUCAACUAUCUGCUUGUCAAGUUUUUGAAAGGGCAAAAAAACUGAGUAGCAGUGUGAGGGCUAGGAAAUUGGCAUUCGGUGAUAGGCUUAACGCAGCGUUUGGAUUCUGCGAUAUGUGUGGCUGUGUUGCUCAUUUCCCGAACAUUUUUGCUACCGUGCGUGUGCCAGCUAGGAGUGGUUCGGCUUCACUCAACUCUGGUUCAAUCGGGAGCCUCAUGAGCUAAUUAGUAAUGGUAGUAUUACGGUGGCGGAAGGAACAAAGUUUGUUGUUUGGAUGGAGGAUCAUACCCUGGCCGGAGAUUUUUUCGUUAAUAUGAGCGAAAACAGUCUUAUAACUGUAAUUACUGAAAAUCAUUAUGACGCUUAAAAUUUCUUCAUUCUGAACAAUUUACAUUUUUCUUAUUUCGUUUGUUACUUGAACAAUUUUAUCAUAUUUUUCUAAUUUUUAUGACUUGUAACGUAAUGGAUUUCAUAAUUUAAUUUCUCUAAUUCCAUGUUUUUUACUUGAGAUAAAGAAUUGUUGCUUUAUUACUAUAAUGUUGCACUCUAUUCUCAAUAUUAAAAUUUUAGCCUUCGCCCAAAAAAUUGGAGAAUGAUUUACAUGGGAGCUUCUGGCCGGCCAUCAUCGUACUAUAGAUGUUCACUGAUAGUUCAGAGGUACUUCAGCAGAUGCUUCAGCAGCAAUGGCGAGCCUCUGACGACGACGCCCACCGGUCAUCUCUGCA